CACGUACCUAGAUAGCUAUAAUACGAGGCGGUGAGCCUGAGGUAGCUAUCUAUCGAUCCCGCCCCAGCCCACCGGCUCCUACAUAUACCCCGAAAUCUGUGAUCCCCGCUAGCCAUCGUCCGCAGUAUCCGCCGUUCACAUCGUAUCAAACAGUUCUAGUGCGAGGACAGAGAAAAAGAGAAUAUCAGAGGCGUAUACAUUUGAGAUGUAACAAAGUUUUAAUUACAGGAGAUAAUAAAAUACCGGGGAAAGGUGCGAAAAGUUAGAGAUUUUGUACACGUGAGUGUAUUAUCAAAAGGCGGCAAAAAGGCAGGGUGGCACCACAAUACGCUCAGUCUUCGUAUUUAUCAACAGUCAAGGAAAUUCCAAGAGGACUACUUACCCGUGUAGCUUUCGUGUGGCUCUACCUUACCUUAAAGAACUUCCACAAACUACAGAUAUGGAAUGGAGACUAUACGUAUCCACUAGACUUUGUCUAACGUGUGUUUUGUUGUGUGUGCUUGUCCUGGACUGUCAGGGGUGUUUCAUUAGGAACUGUCCUCCUGGGGGUAAGCGAAGCAUGGGGAUGAUGACACGAGCUACACAUCAGUGCGCCUCAUGUGGACCAGGUAUGCGGGGUCAAUGUGUAGGUCCUAACACGUGUUGUGGCGACUUCGGAUGUCUAAUGGGGACCGAGGAGUCCCGUGUGUGCAUGAAAGAGGACGACAGCACCGAGGCAUGCGCAGUACGAGGGUCGUCUUGUGGAAGUAUGGGUCAAGGCAACUGUGUGUCGGAAGGACUUUGUUGUGACGCAUAUGCAUGUUCCUAUAACAACAAGUGCAAAGUAAACUCCGGUAAGGAGGACCGGGAGAUUCUGUCCCUCCUGAACCGCCUGCUUCAUACCAACGACUACACUGACUGAGCCACCCACUCCCGCUAUUGAUACAACAAUCAAAGGGCCGCCAUUUUAAGUACUCUCAAACUAUCUUAGCAACGAUCCGCCAUUUUGAGUACUCUCUAAAUAACAAGAACAAGGCUAGACAAGCCGUUUCACAUCAUUCCAUUAACACACUCGAUGACCGAGUGCUUAUACCGCGGGACGUGUAGACCUAGGACAACGGCAUUGGAGAGAAUAAUGCGACUAUCUUUAUUUACCAAAGAUGACUAUUUAUAAGUUUAAGAGGAUGUCUUUCCUCAACAGAGCGCCCAUAUUUUAUUUUCCAAUGAACUUUUUAUAUCUAGUUUUGAUAUAAUUUAUGUCAUAUCUGCAUAUGAGCUGCUCCGUCACAAAUAAAAAAGAAUCUCAACA